AUGGAGGGAAGCAGAGUGUCCGACUUCAGCAUCGAGCGCAUCCUCUCCCAUCAGCUCGGACACAAGCUGCAGCCGAUGAUGGACUUCUCAUCGGACGGAUAUCUGCACCCAGUGCCGGUGCCGGUCCCGGUGCCGGUGCCCGGCUGCCUGCAGUACCGAGGAGGGAUGAGCUUUGGAGAGGCGUUUUACCCGUACGGAGGAGGUUUCCAUCACACCAACAUUUAUCCAAACCAAGGAGCUUACGUGACCUUCAGCAGCCAGGACUCUACAGAUGCUCCUCAGUUGGCAGGUUACCAUGGUUACCAUCAUGCUCAUCAGUUGGCGGGUUACCAUGGUUACCAUCGGCAGCAGCAUCCGCAGCCGCGUCAGAAGGCCCGGAUGAGGACGGUGUUCACCGACAGUCAGACCAAGCGGCUCGAGGCUCUGUUCGAGCUCACCGACUACCCGACGGUGGAGGUGCGCGCUGAGGUGGCGAGGAGCACCGGGCUGAGCGAGGAGACCGUCAGGGUUUGGUUCAAGAACCGCAGAGCUCGGAGGAAGCGGCAGCGCAGCGGGUCAAAGGUCAAAUCCCCCCCCAGUGCUGCAGCAGAGAAGAAGUUCUUCACCUCCUUCCUCUGAACCCGACAGACCGUCCGCCUGCUGCUGCUGCUGCACAGAGGUCAAAGGUCAGCUGACUGAAUCCUGCUCAGGGGCACUUCAGCAGGCUGGAUGCUGGUCAUUCAACAUAACAUGAUGAUGCAUUCAGGAGCUGCUGGGAACGUCAGACACCUGAAACUCCAAACCCUGGAGACGGUUAAUGAUUCAGGAGAGCUUAUAGUUUGGUCUAAACUGCAGUUUAAUCUAUUUUCUACUUUUAAAUUAUUUUGUAUUUU